AAGCACCUGUCGCGCGACCUGAAGAAAAGUUUGCCAGCCGUUGAGAAAUGUAUCCAAAGAGUGUGGGCUGGCCCAUUGUUCAUCCUGGAGAAGGGGGGGGAGGGAACUCUAGAGUGGGAAGUCCAGGAAGGAAACUAAAAGCUGUCAAACGGGUCUCUACCCUUUUUUUUCUGAAGUGAGGAAUGGAAUGCUCCAGGAACUCAAACGGUAAAAACUUUUCAAACUGGAAAAAAAAUUCAACUUUCUCAUGAAGACGGUUAAUUAACCGUUAAAGGGAAACAAAAAUGGCGUGUGAGGUUGAGUUAAACGGUAACGAACUUUUGGAAGUUGACAUAUGUGACGGCGCAACCACCGGCGAGCACGUAGCUCCACCUCCACCUGCCGCGGAUCACCGGACCAGCACGGCCGGUGACAGUGACUCGGAGUGCCAGCAGCAUGGAGAUGAUGAUGGUGAUGGUGGAGGUGGAGUGAAGUCUCUGAGGUCCUCCAUAGUGGACUGUCUGCUGGUGGAGCUGUAUGACACGUACAGUGGAGGCAGCAGGAGGAACCUGGACAGCUGGGGGGACAGCUCCACCGAGGCGUCCGGAUCCGAUGCCUUCCUCGGCCGCAGCAACUCCGGCUCCAGCUUCCUCCAGGAGCUCCAGGAGAAGCACACCAGGAGGCAUCAGGUCAACUACCUGGCCCAGAAAGCCCCGGAGGAGCUGCGUUCAAUCAUCCAGGAGGUCAAAUAUCGUACAGGCCUGCAGUCAGCCAAGCUGCUUCGCCAGCUGAAGAGACGGGAUCGACAGUGCCACAAACUGCAGAAGAACUACGACAUCAUCACAGCUUGCCUUCAGGCGGUCUCACAGAAACGACGAGUCGACACAAGGCUGAAGUUUACCAUCGAGCCAUCGCUGGGAAAGAACGGAUUCCAGCAGUGGUACGACGCCCUUAAAGCAGUGGCUAGGCUCCCUACUGGGAUACCAAAGGAAUGGAGGAAGAGGGUGUGGCUAACGUUGGCAGACCAGUACCUCCACAGUAUCUCUAUUGACUGGGAGAAGACACUUCGCUUCGCCUUUAACGAGCGUAGCAACCCUGACGAUGACUCCCUCGGCAUCCAAAUCGUCAAGGACCUGCAUAGGACGGGCUGCAGUUCUUACUGCGGCCAGGAGGGAGAGCAGGACAGGGUGGUGCUGAAGAGGGUGCUGCUGGCGUACGCACGCUGGAAUAAGAGUGUGGGCUACUGCCAAGGAUUCAACGUGCUGGCUGCACUCAUACUGGAGGUUACAGAGGGACAUGAGAGCGACGCAUUGAAGGUGAUGAUCUAUCUGAUUGACAAAGUGCUGCCUGAGAGUUAUUUUGCCAACAACCUGCGAGCUUUGUCAGUGGACAUGGCGGUGUUCAGAGACCUGCUGCGUCUGAAGCUGCCCAGACUGUCCCAGCAUCUCCACCACCUUCAGAAAGCUGCCAACAGAGAGGCUGGAGGCAGCUACGAGCCUCCGCUGACCAACGUGUUCACUAUGCAGUGGUUCCUCACCAUGUUCGCCACUUGCCUGCCGGCGCCCACCGUGCUCAAGAUCUGGGACUCGGUUUUCUUCGAGGGUUCAGAGGUGCUGUUUCGGGUCGCCCUCGCCAUCUGGGAGGGACUGGGAGAGAGGAUCGAGUACUGUCACACAGCAGACGAGUUUUACAGCACGAUGGGUUGUCUGACUCAGGAGAUGCUGGAGCACAACCUCAUCGACCCUCCUGAACUCAUGCAGGAGGUUUACGCCAUGGCAGUGUUUCCUUUCCCGCAACUGGCUGAGCUGAGAGAGAAAUACACCUACAACAUCACUCCGUUCCCUACCUCAGUCAAAUCCAGUGGAAGUGGCGGUCUGGGCGGCUGGGAGAGCGAUGACGAUGCCGACAUGGAUGAUGAAGACUCCGUGGUGACGGCGCUCGGUUGUCUGGGUCCCCUGGGCGGCCUGCUGGCCCCCGAGCUGCAGAGAUACCACAAACACCUCAAAGACCAGCGAGGAGACGGGGGCAACAUCGGAGAGCUGAGCCCAGGAGCGGUAGGAGCUGGAGGAGGAGGAGGAGGAGGAGCCAGGGCGGAGCAUCAAGCAGCAAUCAACAGCAUGAUGACAGAGAGAAUGAGCACCGACAUCUACGCCCUGAAGAAGCAAUAUGCACGCAUCAAAAGGCGGCAGCAGCAACAGGCUAUGCAACUCUACAUACGCACAGGACCUGGACCUGAAGUGGCCACAAGUCCAGGGGUUCUCCAGGAGCGUCCCAACAAACACAGCGACCUUACCGACCAGCACACUGACGAGAAAUGCCCCGCCACCCGUGUCCUGCCCUCCCAACUCAACCCCUCUAGCACAGUAAUCAACCACCUCCUUCUGGGUCGGAAACCACGCGGAGAACCCCGGUGCUCCAGACCCACAUCCACUAGCACAUCCACACUACCGGGGUCCCGACCUGCGUCUCUGUCCCAGAGUCAGGGCUCCCCGGCCAGGCAGCGCUGUGGCUCCAACAGCACCGGAUCUCCAGGGAGCUGUGGAGGAGGCGCGGGGUCGCCCUGGCGUGCUCAUGUCCGGGCACAUCGAAGGAAUAUAGCCAGGGCCCGAGCGCAGCUGGGGUUUGGAGAUUCAGAGGAAAAAGAAGAUGAGGAUGAAGAAGCAAGACUUGAAGGUGAAGAGGAGAAGAUUGAGGAAAAUGAGAGAGAUGAUGAGGAGCAGAAAGAGGGAAUUGACUCCUCAACAGGGUCAGUGUGUGAAGAUGCUCCACAGGUGGAAGAUGAGACAACAGAAGCAGAAGUUGCACAGGUGGUGGUGCAGCUGGACUCCCUGGAUCUAGAAGACGAAUCAGAUCUGACCUCCCCCAACCCAGAUACACCACCAGAGUCUAAACCUGCACCCCAAGUCCCUCUCCUUCCUCCGCCGCCGUCCUCAAACAGACACAAAGAGUCUGAUUCCUCAGGUUCAGAAAGAGGCUUUGGUAGACACCUUCCCUCCAUCGCUUUACCUCCACCUCACCACUCACCCCCCUCCACCCUAAGUCCGUCCCCCUCUCCGGUCCCCACAUUAACGUCUCUCGGCCCGUCCUGCUCGUCCUCUCCAACACCACCCUCCACCCCAACGCCAAGCUGCCUCCCGUCAUCCCCGUCAGCUAACAGCCUCUCCUCUCUCACUCUUCCCGCAUCCUCCACCUUUUACAAAACAUCCUCCCCCUCCACCCCCUCACUUUCCUCCAUCUCUUCAUCCUCCAGAUCUCAUUUAUCCUCCUCCCCGUCAACCCCAGCGUUGUCUUCCACCGUCGCUCCCAAACAGCAGGUCUUUUCCCCGUUCCCUAGCGUCAAGCAGCCCAGGAAAUCGGCAGCAGCCAGAAAUCUCGGUCUCUACGGUCCCACAUCCAGAACGCCCACGGUCCACUUCCCUCAGCUCAGCCGCAACCUCAACCGCAGUAGCGCUGCGGGCGCCACCGGGAGCCGAUGAAGACCUUCGCACUCCUUAACUGAUGCUAGAAACACAACAGUCGUUACAUGAUGUGAUAAAUCAUUCUAUAACUACACCGUGUUGCCUCCUGCAUAUCAAGAAAAUAACCCAUAUCUUAUUUAAAGUAGAAUGAAAGUUGUAGAAAUGUAAAGAUGUGCAGAAAUCGCUGGAUCACUGAUGUUGACAUGUGAAGAAUGUGGUUCAGCUGAUGAAGAAAUGUCAUCCUGAAAUUUCACAAACCAUUUCAGACAAGAAUUAGUUGACUAUUAUGUGUGAAGGAAACUUCUUCAUGUUUUGUUUAUUGUCUCAACCGCAUUGGUACUGUACAGCUAAGGAACACGGGACUAUAGGACGAAGUGUCAAGCCCUUUACAGUGGCCUAUGCUGUUUUUUCUUGACCAUAAUGGAUAAGACAUUAGAUGUGAACUAUGUUUUACAGACUCUCUAAAGAGUUGCAUUUGUGUCGGACAUCUGUGUCUCUUCAAUAAUGGUUUGUGAACCUUGAGAAAAGACUGAAACAUGAAGAGACUGUGGCCUGGACAAAUGCUUCCUUCUGGACUCGUAUGGACCAUAUAUGGCAACAUGAUGAUGAGAUUACACAAAGCCAUCCAGUUGUUUCUAUGCCAAGUAUUACAAAAAAUAAAUAACCCAAGAAACAAGAGAUACCUAAGAAUUGCUGUAAAUGAAGAAUAAUAAUAAAAAGUCUGUGUGCCCUCCAAA